AUGAACCCGAUAAACCUGUCUCAUCUUGGAAAGUUCGUCGGGUCUGCGAUAGACAUCGGAUGCUUUCGCCAGAACAGCCAACUAGGGAGAAAAGAAAGCAAAAUCUUGAUUUUUAUUUCUCCAAAACGUUCCGCCAGGGCCUCUGGAUGCUUGGACGGUCGACGCUCGCGAGAUAACCUUCAAAUCGCACCAGACUGUACUGUACCAUUGCCGCACUGUCUGGUCGACAGCGUUCGUACGCUCAAGUCGAGAUUCGACGCCAUUUUGGCCAGCGGGUGUCUUACGCCGUGGUUGACAUGGAAAGGCACAUUUCGGCUGACGCUGGUUUCUCAACUGUACUCGGUGCUCGGCAUGAAUGACUGGGCACAAGCUAUCGAUUAUGUCAACUACAACGCUCCCAUGAACGGCAUAAUAGGGCUGACGCUGGCUCCUCCACUGUACUCGGUGUUCGCCAUGGAUGUCUGGGCACAAGCUAUCCAUGGUGCCAACUACAACGCUCUUGUGAAUAGUCAGUGCUGCAGAAGCAUUUCAACUUUUUUUAAGUCACUCUCCUGUCCUUUUAAAAUUCUAAGCAAAUGGUCUUAGGAGUGACUCCGUUUGUCUUUCACACUUUCUACAGCGUCAUAGAAGUGCUCCGAACUUCUUCCAAUGACUAUCCUGUCAUUUUACAAUUGAGAGCGAAUGGUCUUGAAUAAAGUGUGUAUCGUAGUA